CCUCAAGAAUUUCAGAGAUUCAUGUCCUGAAGCAAGCAGUACCAUCAUGGGAUGCGGCACAUCCAUUGCCGUUGAGAACCAAACACGACCCUCUGAAACAGAUGGCUCCAUCAAGCAGCCCAGCCCAGCUCUGACCAUAAAAGCUGCCAUACUCAUCCAGCGUUGGUACAGACGCUAUGUUGCCCGCCUGGAGAUGAGAAGACGCUAUACGUGGAACAUCUUUCAGUCCAUUGAGUAUGCAGGGGAACAGGACCAGCUACAGCUCUCCAGUUUCUUCAGUUUCAUGUUGGACAACUUCACACAGAUAAAUGGGAAUGGACCAGACUUGAUCUCUCAUCUCCUGGACUCUGUGGUUGACCCUUUAACUGAGGAGGUCAGGCAGUUGAAGUACGAGCAGAUUGUGGUGCCGGAGUCGUACAGCGGCCCUCAUCUCUCCUUCCCGCUGAGCGUGACUGAUACCAAUGCCCUGCUCUGUGCCUUUAAAGAGGAGCAGACUCUUCAUGGGAAAUAUGUGCUGCAGUUACUAUAUGAAACAAAGAAGUUUUUGAAACAGAUGCCAAACGUCAUAUACCUGUCGACGUCCUAUGCCAAAGAGAUAACUAUCUGUGGCGAUCUGCAUGGUAGCCUGGAUGACUUACUGCUUAUAUUUUACAAGAACGGUCUGCCCUCCGCGGAGAACCCCUACAUAUUCAAUGGAGACUUUGUAGAUCGAGGAAAGAAAUCUACAGAGAUUAUCAUCAUUCUGUUUGCCUUCCUACUGCUCUACCCCGAUCACAUGCAUCUGAACAGAGGCAAUCAUGAGGACCACAUCAUGAACCUCAGAUACGGAUUCACAAAGGAAGUCAUGCAGAAGUACAAGACUCAUGGCAGGGAAAUCCUUCAAGUGUUUCAGGAUGUGUUCAGCCUGCUUCCUCUUGCAACUGUCAUUGACAACAAAGUCCUUAUAGUUCAUGGUGGCAUAUCGGACAAAACUGAUCUGGACUUUCUGAGCGCUGUUGAAAGGCAUAAAGUGAAGUCUGCUCUCAGGGUGCCCAAACGCAGCAUUGAUGAUCUCAGCGUUCGGGCCUGCAGUCGCAGCAGCAGCAGACACAGCGGCAGAUCCAGGUUGGACAGCCCUCACACCUCAGGCCGCACCAGUCGUGCCUCCCGCAGGAGGAAGAAGCACUGCACCAAGCAGGGCAGCUGCUCCUCAUCUUCAUCCUCAUCUUCUUCCUCCUCAUCAUCCAUGUGCUCCCCCCGUGUCUCGUCACGAAACACCCCACGCCGACCUCCUCCUUCCCCCAGUCUGCCGAGCCCCACCGCUGUGCUCCAGGUCCCUUUCUUGGACUCCUUCGUCUCCCUAGAGCCGCCCGAGCCACCCCGAGAAGAACUGGAAUGGCAGCAAGUUGUCGAUAUCCUUUGGAGUGACCCUAAAAAUCAUAAUGGUUGCAGUCUGAACUCUUUCCGUGGUGGAGGCUGUUACUUUGGGCCGGACGUGACCCAGACGCUGCUGCAGAAACACGGCCUCUGUCUGCUGAUCAGGUCACAUGAGUGCAAACAGGAGGGCUAUGAGCUCUGCCACAAUGGUCAGGUUAUCACUAUUUUCUCUGCAUCUAACUACUAUGAAGAGGGCAGUAACCGUGGAGCGUAUAUCAAACUGGGCCCUGAACUCGUCCCACGCUUCUUCCAGUAUCAAGUCAGUCGAAGCACCAGAAAACUCACCCUCCAUCAGAGGGUUCGUGUUGCAGAAGGUUCAGCACUCAGGGCUCUGAAAGAGAAGCUGUAUGCUCACCGCUCUGAGCUGAUGGCUGCCUUUCAACAGUAUGACAUAGACAACACAGGCCGCAUCUCCACUAGCGAGUGGGCUCAGGUGGUGGAGUCUGUUCUGCGAUUGGAUCUGCCGUGGAGAACCCUGCGCCCACGCCUGGCCCGUCUUGGUGCGGAUGGCAACGUGGAGUACAAAUCCUGUUUCGAGGACAUCAGCCUUGGAGAGCUCAUCCCUCCGGUAACACCAAACUUGGCCGAAACUCUUUAUAGGUAUAGAACUGACCUAGAGAUAAUAUUUAACAUCAUUGAUAAGGAUCACUCAGGUCAGAUUUCCAUCGAGGAGUUUCGUCAGACCUGGAAGCUCUUCAGUUCUCAUUUGGGGGUCGUUGUGAAUGACCAGGCGAUAGACGACAUGGCUCGAAGCAUAGACUUUAACAAAGAUGGCAGCAUUGAUUUUAAUGAGUUCCUGGAGGCUUUCAGGGUGGUUCAUAAACUAGAUGUCAAAGAGCAGCAGCAGGGUUAAUUCUGCAUGAUCAGAUCACAGACAAGAAAGAAUUCCAAAUCAUUUUUGGGACCAUCUUUAUUUAUUUAUUUUUUUACAUCUUAUGGACACAAUAAGCAGUUACUCAUAGUACAUCUUUUUACGCUGUUUUCCAGGAUUUGCAUUUUUCAUAAAGUCCAUUUGCUCAAGACUCCACUCUCUAGAGUUCAGUUUUCCUUAGUGAUCUUCAUCUACAGUCUGACACUCUCAGGAUUUCCACAGCC